AUGCUAAGGUGUGACUCUGGUAUAGACGUCGCUCGAGGCAUAGAUGUCACUGCUGGUAAAGUUGUCGGUGCAGGUAUAGAUGUCGCUGGGGGUAUAGAUGCCGCUGGAGGUAUAGAUGUCUCUGGAGGUAUAGAUGUCGCUGGAGGUAUAGAUGUCGCUGGAGGUAUAGAUGUCGCUGGAGGUAUAGAUGUCGCUGGAGGUAUAGAUGUCGCUGGAGGUAUAGAUGUCGCUGGAGGUAUAGA